CAGAGCAAAAAAGCACCAACGGCAGGGAGAGACCCGACCAGCGUCCCACCCAACGACCCAGCGUCGACCUACCUCCUACCCUCAUCCAUCCACCCAUUGAUCCAUCGAUUGAUUUGGUUGGAUUAAUUGAUCCGCCACCGCCACCACCACCGCCGUGGAGAAAGGAGGGAUGGCGGCGGCGGCGGGCAGGGGCGGGGGGCCGAGGCGCACGACGCGGGUGGGCCCCUACGAGCUCGGCAAGACCGUCGGCGAGGGCAGCUUCGCCAAGGUCAAGAUCGCCAAGGACACCCGCAACGCCGCCACCUGCGCCAUCAAGGUGCUCGACCGCAACCACGUCCUCCGCCACAAGAUGGUCGAGCAGAUUAAACGGGAGAUCGCCACAAUGAAGCUAAUACGACAUCCAAAUGUGGUCCAGCUGCAUGAGGUGAUGGCUAGCAAAUCAAAGAUAUACAUGGUUCUUGAGUUUGUUGAGGGAGGCGAGCUUUUUGAUAAGAUCGUCAAUUCUGGGAAGCUAGGAGAAGAUGAAGCAAGACGAUACUUCCACCAACUUAUAAAUGCGGUUGAUUAUUGUCAUAGUCGUGGAGUGUACCAUAGAGAUCUCAAGCCAGAAAAUCUGCUCCUUGAUUCAUAUGGAGCUCUCAAAGUUUCGGAUUUCGGUCUCAGCGCAUUUUCUCCGCAAACAAAAGAGGAUGGACUUCUGCAUACUGCUUGUGGAACUCCCAAUUAUGUUGCACCUGAGGUGCUUGCUGAUAAAGGUUAUGAUGGUAUGGCUGCUGAUGUGUGGUCCUGUGGCAUAAUCUUAUUUGUCCUUAUGGCUGGAUAUUUGCCCUUUGAUGACCCCAACUUAAUGACUCUGUAUAAAUUGAUCUCCAGAGCUAAUGUUUCUUGUCCACCAUGGUUUUCUACCGGUGCGAGAAAUCUUAUUAAGCGCAUUCUCGAUCCCAAUCCUCACACUAGGAUAACAAUCGCCCAAAUUUUGGAAGAUGAAUGGUUCAAAAAGGACUAUAAACCACCACAUUCUGAGCACAAUGAAGAUGUGAGCCUUGAAGAUGUCGAUGCUGCAUUCGAUAGUUCAGAGGAACACCUUGUGGCGGAGAGGAGAGAGAAACCAGAAUCCAUGAAUGCAUUUGCUCUUAUUUCAAGGUCUGAGGGAUUCAACCUCGGAAAUUUGUUUGAGAAAGAGAUGAUGGGGAUGGUAAAGCGGGAAACAUCCUUUGCGUCGCAACGUACACCACAAGAGAUCAUGUCUAAAAUAGAGGAAGCCUGUGGCCCUCUUGGUUUCAAUGUGCGGAAACAAAAUUAUAAGAUGAAACUGAAAGGUGACAAGACAGGAAGAAAAGGCCAUUUAUCUGUAGCAACGGAGGUUUUUGAGGUUGCUCCAACACUCCAUAUGGUUGAACUUCGUAAAACUGGAGGGGACACCUUGGAGUUUCACAGUUUCUACAAGAAUUUCUCGUCAGAACUAAAAGACAUUGUGUGGAAAACUGAAUCCAACACAAUUGCGAAAUAGUAGCGAUGAUUGAUACUUCACGGAAUGGAACUAUCUUGCGGUGCUGUAUCGAUGGACCACCCCUUCAGGUGAUGCCGCUGGGCGCUGGGUACUGUAUAUUUCUCCGGCACCGCAUCGAUGGUCCAGUCCGCCGUCUCUUGUCGAAGACAGCGCCUUCUUUUUACCGAGCGCGAUUGUACACUUACAUGUACAACGAGGCCCUCCCGGACAAGCUCCUUGUAAUAUUGCAACGGGGUGCCUAACAGGCAUCCUGAAUGUGCUCUAGUUUGCAGCAGGGUUGUGUGCCUUUCUUUAUUUUUUGUAUUGGAAGUAUUUGAGAAUCGUAAGAUGAAUAAUGGUAGUUCAGACUUGAGAUUGUAAGGCAAGCCUUGCUUUAUUUCGCGCCAGGGUUGUGUGCCUUUCUUUGUUUUUGUAUUGGGCACGCAUUCUGAUCAGAAAAAUGCAAAGCAUUCGCGAGGGUUUU